AAUUAAAUGACCAAUGAUGAUUAGAAAUGGAGUCGUGUCAGAGGGAAUUUAAAAAUGUCUGGGUUCCAGUCUAUUAUUCUAUAUUGUAAAUUCCAUUCCCAAUAAGUCUCAUCCUUCAACUGAUUAAACAAUUUUGGCUUAUCCAUUCGAGGAUUCAUUUCCCGGUUCAGUCCAGCAUGCAUCUAUAGAUUAUAUUAAAGCAUUUAAAUAAACUUCAUCGUUAGAUCAGACAGGAUGUUACGCAGUUUCUCGCGAUUUGGAUCUGAUAAAUGUACUCGUUUUCUCUACACGUCUUGUUAUGUUAAUACACCUAAAAUUCAACCAUGCAAAUCCUCACAGUUAUUGAAGUCAUAUUUUGAACUUGGACGAUUCGCUAGACCAACGGGCACGUGGCUGUUAUACCUUCCUUGCACGUGGAGCAUUGCUCUAGCUGCACCACCGGGUCACUUGCCAGAUAUUUAUAUGCUGACCCUAUUUGGCGUUGGCUCCAUUUUGAUGCGAAGUGCGGGUUGUACAAUAAAUGAUAUGUGGGAUAAAAAAUACGACAUGCUUGUCAAACGCACAAAGGAUCGUCCACUAGCGUCAGGUUCACUAACCUUUCCCCAGGCGUUAUUGUUUCUUGGUGUUCAGCUAGCGACAUCGCUUGUAAUAUUAUUGCAAUUGAACUGGUACAGUGUAUUUCUUGGUAUCCUGUCAUUGGUUCCUGUCAUCACGUAUCCUCUGUUCAAACGUAUUACUUACUGGCCGCAGCUUGCACUUGGCUUAACAUUGAACUGGGGUGUUUGGCUUGGGUAUUCUGCUAUAAAUGGUUUUUGCCUUUUCCCCGUGUGCACUCCUUUGUAUUUAGCUGCAGUGUGUUGGACAUGCACGUACGAUACUAUAUAUUCUCAUCAAGAUAUCGACGAUGACAUCCGUGUAGGCGUAAAAUCAACUGCAAUUUUAUUUGGAGAAAAAACGAAGUUAUAUUUGGGCGCUUUUCACAUGGGAAUGACAGCGUGUCUUCUCACUGUUGGAAUUAACGCAAAUGCCGGUUGUCUAUAUUACCUUGGGACCUUCCUUACAAUGCUUCAUAUUGCUCACUUAAUAAGGAAGACGGACCUAAAGAAUCCCAAUUCUUGUUGGCAGACAUUUAAAGAUAGUAAAAAAACUGGCCUUUUGUAUUUUCUUACCAUUGUACUAGACAAAAUAUCACUAUAAGUUUAUUGUUUUUCUAAAUAAUAAAAUUAACCUUUUGUAAAUAUUUUAGGAUUUUCACCUGGCUGUUAUAAAUUGGUUUCCAAUCUCAUUAGGAUCUAUUACUUUUAAAAUCACUUAUAUAAUCAAACUAAUUACUUGACACAGACCUAUGAUAUUUGUGAAGAUUGUGUCUGCUUUCUCUACAAGGAAUUCUUUUAAACGGGAAUAAGUUUUAACUGAGUGUUUAUUGUAAAUUUUGAUACACCGUCAACUGGCAAAUGUAUUGUUACAAAUAGUUUAAAAUUUAACUGUCGAGCUCUGUAAACGAGAUAUCAUACCGUUCUGACCCAAGCAAAGAUCUACUCAAUACAAAUUAUUGCAAUUGAUUUCACUUAUUCUAAAUCAGUCAGUUAUGAAAUAGAAUGAACAAUUAUAAGGCAGUCUUUUUAAGUUAAUCAUAAUUCUUGUUUAUACAAACAAAAUAAUUAAGAAAUAAACAUAGCUG